UGAUUGAAUAUCGUUGCUGAGUGAACUUUAUUUUUUAAUUUUAUUUUCAUAUUUCUGUUAUUUGUGUUUUAGUUAAUAUAUUUAAUUAAUAAUGGAGGUAGAUGGAGACACACCGAAUUUAACAGACUAUGUGUCUGCGAAUGGGGCUGGUGCUGGUGGGAGCAUCGCAAAAAACACAGAAGUGAUCGAUAUCUCAGAUUAUCCCGUCAGCGAAAAGAAAAGCCGACUUUCCAACGCCUACAACAAGGACCUGUGCAGAGACAACAAACCUCUAACAGAUUUCAUAAACAAAUGCUUAUUUCUCGACCCAACCAGUGGCAUGGAGACUGUUAUCAAUAAAAUUUUACUUCCAUCUUAUGUUAAAGCUGACAAGGAAUAUGAAGAGUCUAAUAAAUUCAGAAGAGUUAUUACAAAGGCAUUACAAAGACUGAUAGAUGACCCUGAUAGGAAAUACACUCAUAUAAGUGAUGUUGUUGAUACUCUGAAGUUUCAUGUUGAAACACCGCCUCAAUCUAAAAUCUCUCCUGUAAAGAAAAGAGUGAAUUUUAUCACACUGUCUACUAAAGUGUCAGUAAAACCCAAUGAUCAUGAUAGGAAAAGACCAAUGAUUCAAAGUAGCAGCAGAAUCUGCCCACCAAAGAAAUCUAAAUCUGAAGUUAUUGCACUGGACUGUGAUGAUGAUGAUGAAGUUAUUCCAAUAGAUGAUGAAGCCAAUGAUGAUAAUAGUAAUAAUCAGGUCAAAGUGGAUCACAAGAGUAAAUCACAAACAGAGGAAGAAAAUCUAGUCAAUGGAGAUACAAUUGAAAUUCAGGAUAGUCAAGAAGUAAAAAUAACUGAUGAAAAGGAAAAUGAAUAUUCAGUAAAUAAUGUAAAUGGUGAUAAAUCUCCUGCUGAGUACAUAGAAGCGAAAAGUAAUGAAAUUGAACAUGAAAAAGAAAAUUUAGGAUCAAAUGAAAACUUAUUAGUACCGCGUAAAGAAAUGAUUGUCAGAUUAGAGAAACCAAAAUUAAAAAAGAAGGAGCCAGUAAAAAAGCCUGAAGAAAUGACAGAAAUUGAGAAAGCCAGAAGGAUAAGAAUAAUAGAGGCCAAGAUAGAAAAAUACAAUAAAACUAUUGCUCAACUUGAUUUAGAAGAGGUUACAGAUGAUUCUUUAAAUUCGCCCUAUCAUAAAUGUGAUCGCUUACGAGCAACAAUCGUGAAACUGUACAAAGAACUAUGUUCUUUAGUUGGCGAAGAGCCACCUAAAAGGCGGAAAAUACAACUUCAGAUCAAAGAGGGUGUGCCCCAAGGCCCUAUCAAGAGGCUGGAGAAAUUCCUCAAUAAACGGGCAGACGUGGAGGGUGAGACUCCGUUCCCGGACUUUAGUGAUGUGGUCAGAUGUGUGGAGAAAGCCAAUGAAGUGGACGGUCUUGGGUGGAGUAAAGCGAAAAUUAUGAAAGAAGCUCAAUCAAUAUUCACGUACUGCGGACGCGCGCUCCAAAAGAAACGUCAGCAGCGCGAAUGGAAACACCUCCGCGCCAUGGCGAGACCGGAAGAGUUCGAGGCCGAUCCAGCCGAAACAGACAUGGAGUUGCAGGCGAGGCUGGAGGCCAACCGGCGCCUCGCGAGCCAGCGGGAGGCCGAAGUCUUCAACAAAUACACGCAAUUGGAGGACGUCCCAGAACCAGCGGCUUCAACAAGCUUCGCAAUAGAAGAACCUUCAGAACACGAUAGUUCAACCGACGAUGAAACUGAACCAACUCCUACUGUACUAAAAGAAAGUAACAUUACUAGUAACAAUGAUAACAUUACUAGUAACAACGAUAACAGUAAUGUUAACGAGACUGAAGUUGUAGUGAAACAGGAACCAGAAGAGGUACCGAUUAAAAUUCAGUAUCAAGGUGAUGUAAGUCUGGUUAUAAAUAUAUCGGACUCUGAGAGUGAGGAUGAUUAUGGUGUUUUGACGUUUUAAUUCGUCGUUCGGGUUUAACCCAUCAUAAUUAUGUUGUGACACAGAAAUGUGCCUUAUUUGAAACGUUCAAAUCAAAGUUGAUACCUUGUAGUGAAAGUAUUAAAUAAAAGGUGUCAGAGGCCCUACCGUACACAUCGAAAAACUGUUGCAUGUUCGAGCGACAGAGAGGCAGAUAUCAUUUUUCGAUGUUCGUGGUAGGCGCUCUAUUAAUUCCUAUUAUAAUUUUUUACUCACUACGCGCGAUAUGUUUCGGGAAGCUCUCUCAAUUAUACAAGCACAGAGCUGCAGAGUGCUGAGACGCUUACCGCUAUACAUUUACACUAUAGUUCGUUUUUUUAGCAUUCGAAAUAAGGUAAACAAUCUUGAUGUGACUUUUAAUUGAAAAAUACAUUUUAAAAAUAAGUUACGGCAAAUAUGUAACAAUUAUGAAUCUAAUACGAUCAUUUAUAUUCUUCUGCUUUCAUAAGUAAUAGUUACUGAUUUUUAAAAAGCGUUUUUUAGUUAAAAGACAUGUCAAGAUCGCUUAACACAUUCAACACCAAGAACCCGACUGUCGGGUACACUGUUCGUAGCGACUACGCGCUACAUACGACGAAACCGUGGCUACGCGCUACGAGCGUAACCCGUAGCACUUAGUGGUAUUGAAUGUGUUAACUUCUUUGAAGUUCUUUCUAAUGCUAAAAAAACGAACUAUAAUGUCAGUCAGCAUUUUUGCUUUAUAGUUGAUAAAUGAAGGUACACAAGUCACGUUGACUCCAUGGUUCGUUAUUUAUUUGCCAAAAUCGAGAAGGGUAAUCGGCCCCAGUAGAACACAUAAGCGCUUAUUACUUACAUCUUUACGGUCGCCGGGCACUUUCGACACCCCUGUCGCAAGUGCCGGUGCGGUGUGCAUGGAUUUCCGAUGGCCGGGCUGAGUUUUCCGUUUCACUAAAUAUCAUAACAUCGUUAACAAUAUUUGAGACGUAAAAAAAAUACUUAGUCUCGAAUGCUUGCCUUAGGUCGGAAUCGCCGGCCCCCUUUUUGCAAGUGCCCAGCGACCGUAUAGAUAAAUGUAAUAAGCACUAUAGAACUUAUGUCUUUAAAAAUGGAACCAAACUUAUAUACCUACAGCUGUAAUGUUCUGUGUUGGUCAUGGCACGACCCAUCUAUGCAUGAACAAAAAAUUGCGACUCCCUACCACUGUUUGUACCCUGAAUCCCUGGGGUUUGAAAAACAUUAGUAGGUAUGUAGGUACGUAGAAUUUGGAGGCCUUGGGCAGGAGAGGAAGUCGCAAUCAUUUUAGGUUAGUAUUGAGAAAGUCGAUCGAGAAUAAAUUCAAGAAGGGCUCGAAAAUUUGUAUGUAACUAACAUGCUCUGUAUUGUUUAAUCAUUAAACUUUAAUGUAUGUUACUGGCUACUGCGUAUGCCUGUUAUUAUUAUUUUUAUUUUAUUAUUCUGUUUACACUAAAGGCUGAGCCAUGUUUGGUUGAUUGUAAACUGGGGUUACUUUGAAUGGAAACAUUGAUCAUCGAUUUUUCAACUAUAAGGAGUUGGUUUCUGAAAGUUUUCAUCAUUUAUUUACCUAUAUCAGUGGUUCCCAAAGUUCACUGAGAUCCGACCAACCUAACAAAAACUGCCAAAUUCCGGACCCACCUCUUGGCCG